AUGGCAACAUCUUCUCCAAUCAGAUUCAUAGAAGAUGCACUCUUUUGUACCAAUCAAUUCGGAUUGUCCUACGCUGACCCGGAUCAGAAAUGGAUAAUCCGAGAUCACCUCAUUUCACUGCUUCAAGAUUUUCCAUUUUUAAAACCUUCUGUAGAUAUCUUCACACACAACAAUGGCUCUCAGGUUAAACUUCUGAAUGCCGGUGGUGAUAUUAGGGUUUCUGACAAUACACCUCUUAUCCCUUUAAUCAUUUGGCUGCAUGAAUUUUACCCUCAAAUGCCUCCUAUUGUGUAUGUUUCUACAAAUUCUGCGAAUUUGAUUUCUUUAAAUCAUCCAUUUGUGGAUUCUUCAGGUGCCAUUACUUCUUCAUACCUCAAAAACUGGCAGUUUCCCCGGUGCAGUCUAUCGGACUUAGUACGUAACUUGAUCAAGCUUUUUUCUCAUAAUCAUCCUCUUCAUUAUUUGGGUUCAGGUUCGAGUUCGAGUUUUAGUUCCAAUCCCUCUCUAGUUUCGAAAAUGGAGGCGAUGGAUCGACUUGUGUGCACGCUUUACUACGACAUGUUGGCUAUUAGGCCGAAAAUUGAUCAAGAAAUCGAACACUUUUCAGCCCUUCAAGCCGAAAUGAUCAACAGAGUUGAUGUUGCAGAUAGCAUCCUUAUUGGGCUCGAGCACGAAAGCGAUAAUCUGAAAAAAGGAAUAGAAAAAAUGUCUGAUGAAUCUGAUAAGCUGUUGAAUUGGUUAAAAGUUUAUGAUAAGAAUUGGGAUAAUAUUGAGGAUGCAUUUGAAGCUGCAGAUAAGAAGUCAAAAAUUCUUCUUGAUUGCACGGCAGGUGAUUAUGCCAUGGAGGAUUUGAUAUAUGCAUUGGACAAAGCAGUUGAAAAUGGGGCAAUCAGUUUUGAAAUUUACAUUAAACAAGUAAGACUCUUGGCUAGGGAACAGUUUUUACAUAGAGCUAUGGUAUUGAAACUUGAAAGGUCCAAAGAGUAUAGGCUUUCUUGA